GUUCAAGUGAAAAAUGUCGCCAAUAUGGAAAACAGACCUUUUCCUUCUACUUAAAAAGGAUAAACGCGUUGAUUAAAUUUCAAUGUAAAUUCAUGUUGUGUUCCAUUCUGUGUGGUUCUCUCUGUCUCAGUGAGUUGUCUGCUGGCGAUGCAUAAGCUACAUGCUUUCUGCCCACGCAACAAUAUUCAGUUCGUUUGAUAUGUUCUACAUUCAUCGUUGAAUGGACAUGGACAUUUUUGUGUGAUUCCACGGCGAUUGAGUGAAUUUUUGUUGUAGAUUUUUUAUUUGUAUUUCUGUAUAAUCAUCACCACCAUCAUUGCUUUGUAAAUUGAAUUUCAAAUAAAAUUCAUUCAAAGCAAAAUUACAAGUGAAGUGAAAAAGUUGCAGAUUUUGAGUGUGCCAUCAGAACGAAUGUUUUGAUAUUGAGGCAAAUGAAUGCGCUGUCAUUUCUAUCAAAAGUAGAAAAGAGAAAAAUAAAGUUUUGGUGCGUGUUUCGUAUAUGUCGAGUAUUUGAAUAGAUUUUUUCGGUGGAUUUCAUAAAAAAAAAGCUUCACAAAAGCAAACAGCAAUAUGCGUUUAUACGAGCCGUUGAGUUACUUGAACAGUAAUAAUAACAACAACAACCACAACAAUUAUAGUCACGCCAACGAUAUUAUCGAUCGCGACUGCCAUUCAAAUGGAAAUUUCAGUGGAAAUACGGUGAAAACAUUCACAUCGAACGGAAAUCACCAAUCAAAUAUCGACAGUGUGACAGUGACAUCUCCAAAAACGGCAACCACAAGCAGUACCUAUUUUGAAAUCAGCGACUCGUCGUCGUCAUCGGCCGGAUGUGAUGCAUUGAGCGCAUCACAAAAUUGGCAAUUGGAAACGGAGUUCAGCAAAGCAUUAUUGGCAUUGAACGAAACAUAUUGUUUCUAUGGAUCGCACAAAAAAUUAAAAUCACGUGAACAUCUCGAUACGGUUGACGACGAAGAUGACGACGACGAUAAUGCCAACGGCAAUGGGAAUAUUGUGAAUUCCAUUGGACCGUGUUCAAAAGACACCGUCGACUUGAUUGAUGGCUCGUCAUCCGAUAUUGAAGCGGAAAUUAAUCGAUUGAUUAGUCGCAGCAAUUUAUGCAGACAGAAUUUUGAAUGUGAAUCCUACAAAGACAACGCUCCCAAUACGCAGGAGCAAUUGAUGGAUGAAGAAGAAGAAUUUUCAUCGUUAUCAAUCUCAGCGUCGUUGAGUGCAGAAAAAUCACCAUACCCACGUGGUAUCAUUAAUCCAAAUUAUCCCGGUUUCCAACACUUAGCCCACACACUCUCUGAACAUUUUGUCGAUCAUCACGGCAACCAGGUCGGAAGUAUGUCAGACAGUGACUUUUCCGAAGUUGACAGCGAUUUCCCAAGUGAAGGCCAUAGCACGGAAAAUAAUAACACUUUUGCAUGCGACGAUUCGAAUGGAAAUAAUAUUAUUGCUGAGGAGAGAGUAACGACUAAAUGUGACAAUUUGACGACGGUUGAAGAGAUUUUACGUACCGUUUUCGAAUCCAAUUCAACUCAUUUGUCUACAGCCAUCGAAAUGCUGUCCGAAAAGGAGCUUAUCGAUUAUGAACAAACCGAUAUUCAUUCAAUUGACGGUGUUACUGAUGUAAAUGCAUACGAUUUGAAAACCUACUUGGAACAUUAUGACGACGGUGGAAUUAAUAUUGAAAAUAUGGGAGUAUUUGCAAAGAAAAUUGAAUCACCCGUGAAUGAACCGGAUGUGGUGAAAAAGUCCAAUUCAUGCGAACGAGGUUUCGAGCAGAGUGUUGAUAAGCCCGAUAUUUUGCUUGAUGUCACUGAAGACUUGUCACCAUCAAGCGUAGAAAAAGAUGAACCUGGAAGUGCUUGGAGCAUCACUCCAGUCGAUAUUGUUGGCAAUUUUGAACAGGAAGUUGAACGUGAGCUUGGCCUUUUGGUGACGGGCUACAGAAGCAACAGCUUUUCAAAUGAUUGCGAUGAGGUUGAUUCUCCAGUUUGCGGCAAUAUUGAGGCGAAUGAUAAAUUCACGGACAAGAUAACCGAUGCUAGUUUAUCCAGUGCAAAUGACACAAUUGCGAAAGCCGAUCAUGAGCAAUCAACUGAACAAGACUCGAUGAUAAAGAAUCAAAUUCCAACGGCAAUUGUUAGGCCAAAGUAUCAGCGAUCAUCGUUUGAUGAUCGUCAAUUGCCCACCGUUGCAUACAUGAAUGACGACACAACGGCUUGGUAUGACAAACAGACCAACACAAAUGACUCGUCUCCGACGAAAUGUUCUGCUCCAGUAGUGACAGCUCCACCACACCCAAAGAAAAUCCAUUUGCCCGAGUUUGAUCGCAAAGCGAAAAAGCAUAUGAAAUCGACGACGACGAUGAGCAGUGUGAAAUCCGCCCACAAUGUUGUAGACAACUGUACAACAGCGCACAAUAAUCAGACUGGUGCAACAGACAAUACGAAACGCUCAUCAGACGGUAAAGAAUCGGUUGAAUGUGCGGACACGAAUUGCAGUGUCGUCCAGAAAUCGAAGAAAUCGGGUGCAAGUGUUGCUGUGGUUCAGCCACGUAAGAAAGAGCGAAUGGAUGAACGCAAACUGAUGGAAACCAUUGUGCAAAUGCAGAUAAAGAAAAAUGCACUAUUGUACCGCGACCAGGGCAAACCAAACAACAAUAACAACAACGGCGGCGGCGGCGGCAGCACGACAAUGGCAAAAAGUACAUCAGACGUCAAUCAGACCAACGGUAAUGUGAAAUAUUUGAACAAUAACAAUAACAACAAUGACGACAGCUGCACGAAUUCGGAGCGCAAUCACGCGAAAACAGAUCAGAAAGAGAAUUCAGGUUGCUUUGAUGUGUACAAUAUCGAGACAGCGCUUCCGGUUAUCGAUAUGGAAACCAUUAAAAAUCAUAUGAAAUUGGUUAAGGAGGACGAACGACGCAAACGAAAUGAUCGUGAGGAAAUUCGUCGUCGAUUGGCCAUGGGCGCUGAAGAUGAUUACCUAACAAAAAUCUCAACAGCAAAACCAGGACGCAAACCCAGCUUACAGACACGGUUGCAAGAAGGUAAAAAUUUGCAAAUUUGCUUUGUUAAUGAUGCAGCAGCUGCAGCUGACGGUGACAGCCUCAGUUCAGACAGUGAAUCUUGCCCAAAGCUAUCAAAACCUGUAACACAUACCAAUCAUACCAAUCAACCGCCAGUUCCAGUUCGUCACAGCAAUAUUACCGCACAGGCAAAUCCUUAUAAUUCACGACCAUUGUCGAUGAAAAAGACCGCUUCACAGGAAAAAGUUCGAUCAUCAGCUUUAACAUUGGAUGCAUUGAAAACCGAUGAAGAUCCAAAAGAGAUCGAUUUCUUCACCAAGCAGGCGCGUCUACAAAUCGAAGCGCGAAUGGCAUUAGCUCAAGCAAAAGAUAUUGCACAUAUGCAGAUGGAGAUGGAACGUCAAAAGCAAAUGGAGUCACCAAUUACAAAUAUGAUCCGCAGUACGAUUGAAAAAGUCGGUUAUAAUUUCCCGGCUGGAAAGCGUCGUGUUUCACGUCAAAUGUUGACCGAUAUGAAUGUGGCACAAUUGCAGAUCAUUGUCAAUGAUUUUCACACACAAAUCGAGAGUCUGAACGAGCAAUUGGUGAAAUAUCUGAUGGAUCGUGAUGACUUGCACAUGGGCCAAGAUUCGAUGCUUGUGGACAUUGAAGAUCUAACACGAUACUUAGGUGCAAAAAAGGAUCCAUACAGUGAACGCAAGAAACCAGCAAAAAAGUACCAUUCAAUGAAAUCUCCCAAAUAUAUGGUUUCACAAAAGAUGCAGCCGCAACAUAGAUUAGCUAGUCAAAUUGGAAAAUCUUAAAAGACACAGACAAAAAAAAAGACACAAGUCCCGUUUGCAGUUAAGGCAGAUCGCAUUUCCUAGCAAAAAUUGGUUUAACAUUGGUUGUUAUAAUAUGUUUACAAGCCGAAAAAAGAGCAAACUAAACAAAAAUGAAGAUGUUAAAUUGGAUUGCAUUUUAUUUUCGAUAUCACUUGAAAUUUUUAAGCACUUGAAUAUAGAGCCGAUUCCGUUCCUGAUUAUGGCGUUUCCUUUUAAGUUUCAAUUUAGCGUUUAAUUUUUCCUUCUUCUUUUUCUUCCGAAUAAAGGCUUUUUCAUCGCUAUUAUUUUCGUUCUAACAAAACAAAUCAAUCUUGUUAUGCGUUGCGCACGCAAUUUUUAUUGGAAUUUUUUCUAGAUGGGUCAAAGAUAUAAAAAAGUUACCAUCACACAAAAAGUGCAAUUGAAGUAGUACAUCGCGCGCUAUUACGCUUCAUCUUAUGGACAUGAUCUGCGACACACAGAUCCAUAGACACAAAAAAUCGGCGUGUGUGUGUGCGUGUCGUGCUAUUGCGCAAGCAGAGUCGAAAACUGUAAAUAGUAUCCAAUAACAAUACCUUUUAACUUACUACUACUACGCUAUCAAUUUCACUGAUACUCUCUCAACUCUUUAAUAAACAACCGGAUAAUCUAUCUCUCUCGAACAUCUAUAAUUAUUAUUAUGUACUCUUAAUUCACUUCAACCUCGGCCGUGUUACGACAUCAAGUUAUUGCUACUUAUCGUCUCUCGUUGAAGAUUUGUUCCACAAUUAUCGAGUAAAUCGAAAAUGAGAGCGAGAAAAGAGCAAAAAAUGGGGAAAAAAAGAAGAAAAAAAAAAUGAAAAGAGAGAUGAAAGCAAAAUUGAAGAUGGAAAAAUUGAACUGACACGAAUCAAUCAUAAAAAUUGAAGAAGAGAAGAAAAAAAAUGGAAGGCAAUUUUGUUAUUUGAAAUGUCAAUUGAAAUUGGCUUGUGAUCGUAACACGGUUCCUUUAGUAGUUUCAAUGUUUCUAUUCCAUUCGUUCUUUUUCCUCUAUCGAAUUUCCGGUAAAUAAUGUUUUAGUUUAGACCAAUUUUCAACUUUUUACGUUUCAUUCUCAUCCAUAAACAAGUCAUAUUUCUCCUGAAAUAAAAAAACCUUAAAACCUAGACACUAAUGGUCACAAACAGUUCAUAAAACCAAACUAUUUAUCAGCUCUUGUGAAGUUAUACAUUGUACUCAAGUCAUUUAUUUAUAGAUUUCUUAGAGGAACUUCGCUCAUACUCCUCCUUAUUUAUCGAUGAACAAAACAAAACAAAGAAAAAUUAGCCAGAACCUGAAUAUUUAACUGUGAAAAAAAAGACAACACUAUUUUUCGAAUUCAUUUCCGUAGAGUCAUUCUUAACUAGUCCGUUGAAUUGAAUUGGAACAUAGGCCCAAAAUACUUGUCAAUCAUGAAUGAAUAAUGCAGACAACGCUUGCACUGUGCACGUGUUGUUGGAGAAAACAGAAAAUCUUCGCCGUGCACCAAAAAUAUCAAAUCAAAUCGAUCAUAUCGUUGAAUUACUCAGUAAUUAUUACCUAAUAAGUAGACUAACAGUGAAAUGGAACAAUCAAUACCUAUGCAGACGAUAGAACUACCACACACAGAACAACACAUACAUUUACUUUGAGACUUGUUACAUUCACUUCAGUUGCAAUUCCUGACAUUUCUUUCAAUAUUCGGUUUUGUUUUUUCCUUUCAAUUUCGUUCGUGAUCCAACCUGAAUCUCUUGUUUACUCUCAUUCUUAAAACAAUAAUCAAAAGACUUGAACUGAAUUGAAUAUAGCGUGUUAUAAUCAGCUAUUCAAUACAAAGGAAAAAUCAAACACACAAACAGUGGUGAUUCAUUCUAUAGACGUUUUCUAACCAGAGAUGGAAAUUGAAUUGAAAUCUGAAUCUUUGUCUCACUUACGAAAAGUGUGUCAUUUAGCAACGGCAACAGAAAAGAAAAACGUUUCAGUUGCAGGUUUGAAAUAGAUAUGGGGUUAUUUUUAUGGCAGCACAGUGUAUACAUUACGGUGAAUUUUGAACCGUAUUAAUUAAGACAUCGAUAAUUACUGAGCUAUUUAUAUGAUUGUUGGCUCCAUUUUCCACAAUACCUCUCAUAGCUCAUAUCGAUCUCGGCUAAAAUAACACACUUUUCGUUUAUGAACAAACAGAGCAAUUACCAUAGAUUUAAAAAAACACAUAACGCUAUUACUUCUAUCUUGAUAUUUAACAAAAGCAUAUUUAUCCAAAAACAACAACAACACAUUAACUAAAAAUACCACAAACAAGAAUAUAUGCAAACAAAUAUUCUAAAGGUUAUUUAACACUUAAUCUUAUGUAUCGAUUGAUUGAUAUAUAUUCACAUUGAUUGCGAUCAAAUUAUAGACUAAAUUCAGCCAAAAUCGCAAUUAACUUUGUCUGAAACAUCGUUAAUUUCAACAACCAAUAAACAAUACCUUUUAUGGCACUUGAACUAA